UCGACUCCUCAUUCUUGUGUUCUCUUGUAUAUUCUGCUUUCGUGAUGCCAUGAAUAGGCUUUCUGAAGUUUUCCGUCAUUUUAUCCUUCUGAUUUCGUUGGAGCAAUGCUAGGGCUUUGCUGAUUACGUGUGGGUUGUUACUGUAAUGGUCAUGGGAAAGAGAAACUCCCUGAUUGUUUUAUCUUCGGAUGAUGAAGAUGAUGUUACUACUUGCUACUUAAGUGGGGGUAAUAACUAUGCGAAGUCCAAGUCUAGGUCCACAAGCACGAGAGGAAAGAAGAAGGCCCGCCUUUCAGGUUCUCGGUCUCGAUCGGCCAAAGACUCCAGCAAGUUGCAUGAGAUCAACCAGCUUGGAGAAGACUUCAACGAAGUGUUUACUGGGUUCAAUGUAUCUGCUGGCAUACAAAGGAGCUAUUCAGGGGAGCUAUGGGUUCAUAAACACAAGCCCCAUUCGCUGGAAGAGCUUGCUGUUCACAAAAAAAAGGUUGAAGAAGUUAAGAUGUGGUUUGAGGAAAGGUUAAAACCUUCUAAGGGUGUCUGCGGCAAUAAUGUCCUUCUCAUCACUGGGCAGGCUGGAGUGGGGAAAUCUGCUGCGAUUCAUGUAAUUUCUUCUCACCUUGGAGCUAUUCUGUGUGAAUGGAGCACACCUACACCUGUAAUUUGGCAAGAGCAUCUACAUAAUUCUAGUUCAGUGACACGUACACAAUACACAUCCAAGUUGGAUGAAUUUGAAGCUUAUGUUGAAAGAAUAAGGAAAUAUGGCUCAUUGUCAGCUUAUUUGAAUGGGGAGUCAAAAGCACCCACCAUAGUAUUAAUUGAUGAUCUUCCUGUGACAAAUGGGAAAGCUGCUUUUGGACGACUACAAGAUUGCUUGAACUUGUUGGUGCGCUCAACUCAGAUACCCACAGUUAUAGUGUUCACAGAGUAUGGCAAUGCUGAUUCAGCAGACCAUGAUGCACAAUGCUUGGAAAAAAUUCAGCUAUCUCUGCAGAGUGCUGGGGCCUGUAAGAUUGCAUUCAAUCCUAUUACAGUGAAUUCUAUCAAGAAGGUACUUUUUAGAAUAUGCCAACUAGAACAGUGUGAUGUGACUGCUGAACAUGUUGAUCUGAUUGCUAAAGCUAGUGGAGGUGACAUCAGGCAUGCAAUCACAUCGUUGCAGUUCUUCUGUCUCAAACAGAAUCAAGUGCAUUCUUUGUCUCUAUCAAGUAACUUUCUCAGCAUAUCAAAAGAGAAAGAAAAGAAGGCUGUCGCUUCAGAUGAUGGCUAUUCCUUGCACUUUACCAGAGAUGAGACCCUAUCUUUAUUUCAUGCCUUGGGGAAAUUUUUGCACAACAAAAGAGAGUCUGAAAGUGCAACCAAAUAUGAACAUGAUACAUUUCUUAUCCAAGAACGAUUGGCAAGAUUACCCUUAAAAAUGGAUGCACCGGAGAAGAUUCUUUGUCAUGCUCACGUGCAGCCUGGUCCUGUUGCUGAUUUUCUUCACGAGAAUGUGCUAGAUUUUAUGAAUGAGGAGGCAAUUGAUGAUGCGUGGAUAGUGUCUUCAUAUCUAGGCGACGCUGACAUUCUUCUUGCUAAACUUCGAGGAAUGGUGUCUAGGCAUAAUGAGGCGGAGGGUGUUCUACCAUCAGCAGCUGCUUCUGUUGCUGUUCGUGGAGUAUUAUUUGGAAAUUCUCAUACACUAUCCGCCAGGUGGCAUGCUAUGCGGGGCCCAAAACUCUGGGGGAUUGAGAGGGAAUUAUUAUAUAACAAGAAUAAGAUGCUCAAGCAGCGAGUUGCAGAGUUUGAAGGAUUGACUUCUUGUAAUACAUCAGUUAUGGCCACAGAGUACAUGCCUGUGUUAAAAUGGCUUGGAAAUAGGACGUGCGGUGAAUAUUGUGAAUCUUCUCAGUCAUCAGUGCAUGACUUGGAUAUGGACGGUAUUGAUUUUGACCAAAUGAUUUUAAAUGACCAAGAAAAUGACGAGAUAGAAGAUUGGUAGAGAUAUAUAAACAUACAGGGGGCUCGUAAGUUCAAUGUCUUUCAUUGCUAAAAGAAGAGUCCUUUUUUUAUUUAACACUUAUCCCUGUUUAUCUGUUAUUGAUCGAGGCACUUGUAAAUUUAUAAAUAUGGAAAAUUUUGAGGUUGGAGCAUGUCUGAUGAUGCAGGCUGGACUGGGAGCUGUGUAAAUUUUGUUAUCCCUGUACCGGUGACUAGUAAAGAAUGUGCUUACGAGAUGUUUUUCUUCC